GGACAUAAAAAACAAAACACAAGACAAUCUGAUGUCGGUCUCCCCUUCCGUCGCGCCGCCUCAGUCCUCGGUCGGGGCGAUAUAGAAGCCUGUACGGGAGCGCCUCUCCGCCGGCCGGCGCGGCGGAGGCACCGUUGGAGGCAUCGCCGGAGGAUACGGAAGCGUCGACGGCAUUCCCAUUUCCUCUCUCCGGUAUGUUCGGGAACAAAUUCAUUUGAUCUGUUAAACUGCUCUCUGACCAUAAACCCUUUCCGUCCCCCCCGAGUCCUUGGAGAUUAGUUGCUGAGGAGCGAAAGAUUGAGAGCCCAUAUGACCAUGAAUUGCUCCAAUGUUAACUCAUGGGUCACCUCAAGACCGCCGUUUCCGGACACAUCUUCACUCGUCUCUCAAUUUCGCCAAAACCCUCUUCGCGUUUCUCUCCCAUUCUCGCCAUGGAAUGGUCGAUCUCAAAUUCAUCAGUCUUCGCUCGAUGCACCAAUUCGUUGCGGUCUUCGAGAACUCAGAGAAAGAAUUGAGUCCGUGAAGAACACGCAGAAGAUCACCGAAGCAAUGAAGUUGGUGGCCGCGGCAAAAGUUCGGCGUGCUCAAGAAGCUGUGAUCAACGCUAGACCUUUUGCUGAAACCCUAGUGGAAUUCCUGUGCUACAUGAAUGAACAGCUUCGAGUGGAGGAUGUAGAUGUUCCUUUGACAAAUGUCAGGCGCGUAAAGAGAGUCGCCCUCGUUGUUGUGACUGGUGAUCGGGCCCUUUGUGGCGGGUUCAACAAUGCGGUUCUGAGGAAGGCGGAGACCCGGAUCGCAGAACUGGAAAAUCUUGGGCUGGACUACACUGUGAUUAGCGUUGGAAAAAAGGGUAAUUCGUAUUUUAUGCGCAGGCCUAAUGUUCCAGUUGAUAGGUUGAUUGAGGGAGACAGUUUUCCUACAGCAAAGGAAGCCCAGGUAAUUGCGGACGAUGUCUUCUCAUUGUUCGUUAGCGAAGAGGUCGAUAAAGUGGAGUUAGUGUACACUAAGUUUGUGUCAUUGAUCAAGUCUGAUCCGGUUAUCUGUACUUUGCUUCCUUUGUCGCCUAAGGGAGAGGUACUUGAUGUGAAUGGAAAUAGUGUUGAUGCUGAUGGGGAUGAGCUAUUCAGAUUGACUUCUAAAGAAGGGAAAUUGUCAGUAGAGUGGGAGCAAACUGAGAAGAGGAACAGCGAGAUUUCGCCUCUGUUGCAGUUUGAGCAAGACCCUGUUCAGAUUCUUGAUGCUAUGAUGCCUCUGUAUAUGAACAGCCAGAUUUUGAGGGCAUUGCAGGAAUCAAUUGCGAGUGAGCUAGCUGCUAGGAUGAAUGCCAUGAGUAAUGCAACUGACAAUGCUGUUGAAUUGAAGAAGAAUCUCUCGAUUGCUUAUAACAGGGAACGGCAGGCGAAGAUUACAGGGGAAUUAUUGGAAAUUGUGGCUGGAGCUGAGGCACUAAAAGAUUUUGACUAGAUUGGAGACUCAAGGCACUUACAAUUUUCAUUUAUUAUAAAAAUUUCACCCUUUCAUGGCUAGUUUCCCUCUCCAUCUGCACACACUUUUGUUAAGACUUGGAGGGUUAAUUGGCUGAUUGUUGAGUUGGUAAUAUAUGAAUGGAGAAGUUAGCCUCUUUUUGUUUGUACUUUGUGCUCUGGCUGGGAAGAAAAACUCUUCGCCAUAUUUUGGUUCAUCACAACUUCACAAAAGAAUUAGCUGCAUGCCUUUGUCAAUCAUCAUUAUCAUGUUA